UGUUUCACGAAGUUGAAAUAUAUGUUUUUUGUAUAAAAAUGUAACCAAAAUGAUUUUGAUAAAAACACCCCCCAAAACAUCGUUAUCGUUAAGCGUGUAAAUACAUGACUCCUUGUGUUUGGUACAUAAACUAAAAGUGUUUGUAAAAACGUUUUAAUGCAGUUUUAGAAAUCGAGGAACUAAAUAUGCUAAUAUUCCCAGAUUUAUGAAUUUAAUAGUUAACGAACAGUAAGGCUAUAUAUUGAACAUAUACAUAUUUACAUUAACAAAUUGAAAGAUAAAAUAACACGAUGGAUGAGACUGCGUUAGAAAUGACGGGAGUGAUGGAGUUUGGAGAAAUGCAAAUGGCCGCUAAUAAUUCGAGUCAUGCGAUACCAUCCCUUCCGACUCCGCUGCAUAUCUUAGAUAAAUUUCCGGAAAAUUACGCAGUUAUAAUCAAUGGAUAUUUGUCACCAAUUUUAGUGUUUCUGACGAUUGUGACCAACUCUUUAGUGUGUAUUGUUUUACUAAAAAGGAACAUGAGAUCACCCACUAAUACUCUGCUUGUAGGAAUGGCCAUCUCGGAUAUGUUAACAGGAGUGUUUCCGCUGCCUAUAUUUCUACAGUUUUUCGCCACGGAUCGUUUACGAGAAUAUAUUCCGUACAGUUGGUGUUAUGCGUACAUGUACCUAGCAGAAUAUAUACCAACAAUCUUUCACACAGCUUCAAUAUGGCUCACCAUGGCUCUGGCAAUCCAGCGCUAUAUUUAUGUUUGUCAUUCUUUUAAAGCGCGUGUGUGGUGUACUAUUCCUAACGCUAUUCUUGUGUCGAUUGGAGUUUACGUCAUUGCAACCCUUAGUCAGUUAUCCCGGUUCUUUGAAGUUUCGUUUUUUCCUAUAGAGGUGUCGUCUAAUGUUCAUGUAAACCAAACUGUUGUUGGCUGCGUCCAAAUGUAUGCUAGCUGGGUUUUGUUAGAUAUGAAAAUCUAUAUGAGUAUUUAUUUUUGGUUCCGUGUUCUCUUUAUUCACUUAAUCCCAUGUAGCUUUUUAGUAGUCAUGAACGCGCUUUUAAUCUACGCCAUGCGUGUGGCGCAAGUGCGACGCAUGCAACUACUGCGUCAGAACAAGAAAAGCGAAUCUAAAAAGUUGAAAGACAGUAAUUGUACGACGUUAAUGCUUGUCGCUGUUGUUGGACUGUUUCUUUUAGUGGAGUUCCCGUUGGGUAUUUUGAUGAUAAUAAUGAUUAUUUCUAAUACGUUUGAUAUCAAUAUUAUAGAACCUCAUACUUUAAAAACAUUGUCUAUAUUCUCUAACUUAUUCAUAUUAUUAAGUUAUCCACUGAACUUCUUUAUUUACUGUGGUAUGAGUAAACAAUUCAGAGAAACAUUUAAGCGCCUGUUUAUAGGGGGUCAAGCUCCGAUGGAUCGCGAAUAUUCAGCUUACAUGACCCUACCAACAGGGACAGAGAACGGAAAGACUGCCGUCACCACAGGAAAUGAGACUGCCUUGUAGAACUAGAAAUAAAAAUGUAAUGUAUUGUGCCGAGAACAGAAACGUGUCGUGAUAGAAAUAAUGGCGCAGUGUUUCUUAUCUAGUUGAUUCAGACCGAAAUGGGAAAGUUCAGUUUCAUCAAACAAUGAAGAAUGUGACGUUUUGUGAUACCUUAAGUGUUGUAAACCCGGAAAAAUACGAAUCAAGUGAAGUGGUUGCUAUUGCCCACAGGACCCGAGGCUGAUUGCUGGUCUAACUACAUACGAUUGAAACAAGAGGAUGCGUGUGUGAUUUUAAGUUAGUAGUUGUACCUAGUAGAGAAACUUUCAGGUAAAUUAACGUAGUUGUUAACCACAAGAACAUAUUUGUGUGGAGAGUUACGUUGGCGUUUGGAUAUUCUAUAAAUGUACCAAUAAAACACUACAAUAUUUUGUGAUAUUAUUUCUAGCUUGAACAUGUUUUGGUGAAGCUGAGACGUGAGGCAAUAGUUAUAUUGGCCAUGUACGCGAAUAUAUUUUGACGCCUUUCAAAUAUCUACCAGUGACACACGAAGUCGAUGUUAGUCCCAUUUAAUAAUUGACAAGGAGUUAAGCGGAUUGUUUAAGAAUAUAUUUCAAAUUUGAAUAACGUCGUCGCGACCCGUUAUCAUGGAUUUUCUCAGAAAUGUCUAAGUUGAGUACAUUGUACUGACGUGGUGAUUUUAAUCGGUGCACCGCGCUUCAGAAGAUUUCGAAUGUUCAUUGCUAAGAAUGAAAAAAACAAUGUGUCAUAAGCAUUGGUUAUCUUGAAUCAGGGCAUUUAUUCUUUUGCUGUGUAGUGUAUCUGGAAAAGCUGGCGGAUAUCUGCCAACGAUUAACGGACACUCGGUGAUGAAUAUCUCCUUUCAUUGAUAUACAGAGAAACUUUAGCAUACUUUUUGAGGAUCAUCCAGAGACUGUUUUACUCCUAAAGAUUGUGUGCAUAGACUUUGGACACGUGCUGUAUGUUCACACAAAUAUAUUGCGGAUUUAUUUUGUCCAGGUCAACCUAGAUUGUAUUGUGUCAGUAGAGUAAAUUGAACAUGAUGUCAGUCUGUAAGCGCCUUAAUUCUGGCAAUCUUCAAUUCAUUUCUAAAUUCCUGAUAAGACGUGAAUAAUCUUCGUAUUGUACUGAACUGACUAGAGACUUAGCUCUAAAUAAGAAAAUUUCACGUCCGUGACAAGUCAUUUAAUAUUUUUAGUUUCUGAAAUAUUCUGAUUGUUACUCUGAUCUAGGGAGUAAUCUGUCACAUGACAGAGAUAGAGAGGUUUAACGUCCACUUCACACAAUCUAGGUAAUUUCGGGAAUAACAAACGGUUCAAUUAUAUUGCGCGUAGGGGUCUUUAGCAGUUGGAGGACUCGGGGAAAACCCACGAGGUUGGACAGGCGACUCUACUAUUUGUCGCGUACAAGCGGGAAAUCGAAAAGCCUGUGCUUUUUCCAUUUACGAAAUGUAGAAGUGGAACAUGUCAUGUCAAAUAAACAAGUAAUCUGGUU